AGGGCUUAUAUUAAUUUCGAGCCUCCCUUCUCUCACUCUCCCUAAAUUCAUUAAUUUUCGUAGAUAUCAAAUGGGCUCCGAGAACGAAAAGGGCGGUAACGUCACCGCCGCCGGCGACGAGCCCUUCCGCAUCUUCAUCGGCUACGACCCCCGCGAGGACGUCGCGUACCAGGUCUGCCGCCGCUCCCUCCACCGACGUUCCUCCAUCCCCCUCCACAUCAUCCCCAUCAGCCAGACGGAUCUCCGCGCCGCAGGCCUCUACUGGCGCGCCCGCAGCCCCACCGAGAGCACCGAGUUCUCCUUCACUCGCUUCCUCACCCCGUUCCUGGCCGGCUUCCGCGGCUGGGCGCUUUUCGUCGACUGCGACUUCCUCUUCCUCGCCGACGCCGCCGCCCUCUUCGCCCUCCGCGACCCCCGCUUCGCGGUCAUGUGCGUCCACCACGAAUACGCCCCUGCCGAACCAACCAAGAUGGACGGCGCCAUCCAGACGGCGUACCCGCGCAAGAACUGGUCCUCCCUCGUCCUCUACAACUGUGGCCACCCCAAGAAUGUCGCCGCCCUCGCCCCGGAGGCCGUCAGCACCCAGACGGGCGCCUUCCUCCACCGCUUCGCGUGGCUCGACGACGCCGAGAUCGGCGAGGUCCCCUUCGUCUGGAACUUCCUCGUCGGCCACAACAAGGUCGACCCCGCAGACCCCGCUCGCACCGCGCCCAAGGCCAUCCACUACACCUCCGGCGGGCCGUGGUUCGAGGGCUGCGGAGACUGCGAGUUUGCCGACCUCUGGACCAACGAACUGGAGGAGCUCAACGCCGAAAAGAAGGCGGAGGAGGAAAAGAAAGACGGGAAGGUGCAAGGUACGGUUGCCAAUGCUUAGAUCUGCCGCAUCCCUAGCGGUGAUCAUGGAAGAUGGAAGCGAUAGUGACGAUCUUCAUAGAAUAUCCUUCGUAUUUUUAGAUGCUUUAAUUUAAAUUAUGUUUCUCGUAUAUUUGAAUUCACUUCAAUUCCUCUCUGCUGUCUGAAUAUCUAGAUUAAUAAAAAAAACUAGAUAAUUCAUAUUGUAACAGGAUGGAUGAGAUGUUUCUAUCUUUAGCAAUUCA